GUAAAUCAACCACUCCAAGUUGACAAGUAAUAAUGAAGCUGUGUCAGUCCAUCAUGGACAUGGAUAUGCCAGAUUACGUCGACUCCUUGGACUCCUCUUAUACCAUGCUAGAAUUUGAAAACCUUCGGGUUCUUCCAAACAACACUGAGGAGGCUAACGGGCGCUGUUCAAUGCCCGCAGAGACCAUCGCAGCUGAAUCAGCCAACACCAACCUGCUCAACAACGGCAUCGGCUCCCUUUGCUCCAUCUGCGGGGACCGGGCGACGGGCAAACACUACGGUGCAUCCAGCUGUGAUGGCUGCAAAGGCUUCUUCAGGAGGAGCGUCCGCAAGAACCAUGUCUAUUCCUGCAGGUUCAGCCGACAGUGUGUGAUAGACAAGGACAAGAGGAACCAGUGCAGGUACUGCAGGCUGAAGAAGUGCUUCAGAGCCGGGAUGAAGAAAGAAGCGGUGCAGAAUGAGCGCGACAGGAUCAGCAUCCGUAGGAGCAGCUAUGAAGACAACGGCUCGCUGUCCAUCAGUGUGCUCACCCAGGCCGAGGCAAUGGCACAGCAGUAUUUGCCACUGAGCCCCGUGCACAGCGCUGAUAUAGCAAUGAAGAAAGUGGCGACCAUCAAUGAUGUGUGUGAGUCCAUGAAGCAGCAGCUGCUGGUGCUGGUGGAGUGGGCCAAGUACAUCCCUGCGUUCUGUGAGCUGCCGUUGGAUGACCAGGUCGCCUUGCUCAGAGCCCACGCAGGGGAACACCUCCUCCUUGGGGUAGCCAAGCGAUCCAUACCCUACACCGACUUUCUAUUAUUAGGGAAUGACUUUAUCAUCCCAAUGCACUGUCCAGAGCUAGAAAUCGCUCGUGUGGCCACCAGGAUCUUAGAUGAGCUGGUGAAGCCCUUGAGGGACAUCCAGAUCGAUGACAACGAGUACGCAUGCCUUAAAGCCAUCAUCUUCUUCGAUCCAGACUGCAAAGGCCUGAGUGAGCCAGGGAAGGUGAAAAACAUGCGUUUCCAGGUCCAGGUCAACCUGGAGGACUACAUCAAUGACCGCCAAUACGAUUCCCGGGGCCGGUUCAGUGAUAUUCUCCUGCUGCUGCCCCCACUGCAGAGCAUCACCUGGCAAAUGAUCGAGCAGGUCCAGUUCAUCAAGCUCUUUGGUGUAGCAAGGAUCGACAGCUUGCUGCAGGAGAUGCUGCUGGGAGGAACCACCAUUGAUGUCCAGUACCAGUCAGGACCUCCCAGUAUCAACCUGGACCCAUUGCCAGGACAUGUCCUCCCAGGCAACAUGAGCUCUGUGAUUCACGCUGUCCCAGACCCAUCUCCUGAACCAUCCCUUCCAUCUCCUUCUACAAGCACAGGCAGCGAAGACUAUAAACUAGGCUCUAGCGCAGGGCCCAGCGCCGUAGCACAGCUCUUACCUCAGACACUGAUACCCAAGCAGGAGAUUUUAUAGGGAGAGGUAGAAGGAGAAGCUGGGAGCAAUGUGGGAACCACACAGAAUGUGAACCAGGUCCUUUCUUUUUGCAGAGGCAAAGCACAGCAAUCCCCUGCCUGCCACCGGACCUGGGGGUCACGCUCUUCCCUGUCAGUGAGUAAAGCAGAGGGCACCAAGCUGCAGCAGGACUCACAGCACGGGUCAUCCCACAGCUCAUCCCACUGAUCUCACCCUCAUUUCACACGUGAUUGGGGUUAAUGUUCGUCUCGUAGGACUAAGACUGUAAGCUCUUAAGAGCAGGUCUUGAUUGCGUUUGGUAUCACUUAGCUCCCUGUGGUCAAAACUCUUUUGAAGCCUCUGGUCGCUCUCAUCAUAAAACAAAUACCUGAUGCAUCUCCUGUUCAUUGGCAAUGAGUACAGCCUGCAUAGAAUUAUCAGUAUGGAAAGGUCUAUCCCCAUUAGAAGUGUAAUUACACUUAAUUUUGCCACUGCAAAUUAAGCUUUAGGAAGAAUAUCUUCCUAACUCUUUCAUCUUCAUUACCCUACCAGAUGUGACUUGUUCCACAAUAGACCAGCUAACCUUUACUUCUGCUCAGUUCUUAGUUGUGAUCAGGAACGGCAAGGGCUCCACAUUUUGUCAUUUUCCAUACUUCACAAUGUACCUGGAGUCCACCCACGAGUCAUUUGCCCCCUCUACUUUAUUGGCAUAUCCAUCUAAAACCACUCAGACAGCAGAAAGGAGCUCUGCAUCUAUGGUCUGGCAAAACCCACAAUGAGCAGUAAGCUCAAGAAACCACCUCUAACCAUGAUACUACUUAAAACAAUCCCAACAGAUGACUAUACAACUCAAACGUUCCUGAAGCACAGUCACUGGUACUGUGUUUAUUUGUAUAAAUUGGACAUCACUAGAAAGCAGGUUCCUGGAUUUCUAUGGAGCUUAUGUUCCUUCCUGUAAAGCCCAAUGACCUUCACCAGUCAGCUCUUGGUGCAUUAAGAUGGACUCGUACUGAAAUGCAGGGUGCAAUGGGGAAUUCUUUGUCCUUGCAUGGCGCAUUAAACUGUCAGCCCACAAGCACCGACCCCUGCCCAUCACAAUGCUGACAGUGCCCAGCAAAGGCUUUGUGAGGCUUGUGAAGCACUCUGAGAUCCUCAGAUGGAGCACGCUACAGAAAUGCAAUCUCACUGAAAAAGGAAGAGCAGCCAAACCUACCCCCAAAGGGUGUUACUUUGUACUCAGGUUAUUUCUCACUGCUUGGGGAGACAUUUUAGAGUUACCCUUCUACAGUGCAACAGAGGUCUGAAAACCACUGAAGACUGGGUUGAUUCCACUCGGCAUCUCAGUGUUUUAUUUUUCUAAUGCCUAUGAUGAAUUUGACCUGAUAUUACAUACUGAUAACUUUGAUUUGACACAGCUAUAGCUGGAGAACAAAUUCCACUGCAAGCAUUCCUGCUGCGUCCAUUCUUGUGUAACAUCGCUUCCAGUUCCUCCAUCGUGUAAACUACAUUCCUUUUCUAGAAAUUAAAUAUACAUUUAUACUCAUUAAUGGUAAGAAAAUAAAUCUAGUGGAAAUAAAUUCCAUAUGGUUCACAGUUCUUUAAAUAACA